AUACGGACUUCUGAGCCGAGCUCAGUCGCCUCCGCCGCUUCAGUCGAGCUCUGAACGCGAAGAGAAGCGCAUUGAACCCCCGACAAUCGUGAUAACUGAGAAACAGAAAGCGGAAUCACCAGCAAUAUCCUAGCAGCCAUGGCGAGUCUGCAGCUGUACAUUGGUCUGCUCUUAGGCCUGGCCAUCUCCUCCGAUCCCGUCCUCGGAGGACCCGUGAUCAGCCAGAUCAGCAAGGACGUGGUGGCCAGCGUGGGCGACACCGUCGAGUUCAACUGCACCGUGGAGCAGGUGGGCCAGCUCUCCGUCAGUUGGGCGAAGGGAACGAGCGAGUCGGACGCCAGCUCGGUGGUGCUCUCCAUCCGGAACAUCCUCAGUCUCCCCGACCAGCGGUACAAUGUCACGGUGACCGAAGGAGCGAAGGCAGGCAGUGCCACCUACUCGUUCCGCAUCCAGAAGAUCGAGGUGAGCGACAUGGGGCCCUACGAGUGCCAGGUGCUGGUCUCCGCCACGGAGAAGGUGAGCAAGAAGCUGAGUCUGCAGAUCAAGACCCCGGCCGUGGUGUCCGAGAGCACGCCGAAGAGCACCCUGGUGACGGAGGGCCAGAACCUGGAGCUCACCUGCCACGCGAACGGCUUCCCCAAGCCGACGAUCUCCUGGGCCCGCGAGCACAAUGCCGUGAUGCCGGCCGGAGGACACGUGCUCUUUGAACCCACUCUCCGGAUUCGCACGGUGCACCGAACGGAUCGGGGAGGGUACUACUGCAUCGCCCAGAACGGAGAGGGUCAGCCGGACAAGCGGCUGGUGCGCGUCGAGGUGGAGUUCCGACCCCAGAUCGCCGUGCAGCGCCCCAAGGUGGCGCAGAUGGUCUCCCACAGCGCAGAGCUGGAGUGCUCCGUGCAGGGGUACCCUGCUCCCACGGUCGUGUGGCACCGGAACGGAGUGGCCCUGCAGUCGAGUCGCCAGCACGAGGUGGCCAUCACCGCCUCCUCCUCGGAAACGACCACCUCCGUGCUGCGGAUCGAGAGCGUGGCGGAGGAGGACUUCGGGGACUACUACUGCAACGCCACCAACAAGCUUGGCCACGCCGACGCCCGGCUCCACCUCUUCCAGACCGUCAUCCCGGUGCCCUCCGCCUCCUCGUAAGGCCGUGGAAUGUAGUGGAGUGCCUCCUCCAUUCCCACGCAACAAGACUUCGGCCUCCGGCUUUUCGGCAGUUCGGCAGUUCGCCGGUCCGGAUGCGCCUCUGUUUUAUUAUUAAUGAUUCAUUCAAUUAGCUCCCAUUCAGACUUCAUUAUUUUCGGACGCACUUGAGAGCGAGCCACCGCCACCGCCACCGCCAGCCUGUGCCUUUAAAUUUCUGCUCUGCAUCCGUCGGUUUAUGAAAUAACACAUCUGUAUGCUUAAGUAAAUAACGUUCUCUGAUAAACUUUAA